AUGACGUCCAAGACAGGGGCAACGACGACAACCACAACAUCAGCAGCCGAGUCGACAACCACGACCACUUUGUCAACCUCAGAAGCAUCUCCAUGCACUCCCACUCCAGAGGUAUUGCCGACUCCUCCUAAGAAUGCUCCGAAGCCCAUCAAGUUGAGGGCUGCAUGUAACCAAUGCUUCUCGGCCAAGGUUCGAUGUGACGGGAACAAGCAAGGAUGUCGCAGAUGCUGUGAAAAGAGACUUUCUUGCAUCUACAGCGAAUCUCGGGUCGGAAAAGUGGUAGGGAAGCGAAGGAAGCGACCACUCCCCGAUCAAAGUGCCAACGUCGGGUCCCAACCUUGGAUCGUCAACGGCACAGCCUGCGCCGUACAAUCCAUCCCAUCGCCAGCGGCCAGUCACGGGUCAGAAGAGUUCACCAAGGCUCAUUGCUCUGUGCCCAGUUGGUCGUCGUCGUCGUCAUUCAGCGCGACACCCGAUCAAGGCCUCAUGAACUUUGACGAGACCACCGAAACGCUGAAUGCCAUUGAAAUGGCCAACAACCGUAGCUUCUCAAUCACCAGCGAGGUCAGCUUCUUCACCAACAACGGGCUGCCGACUCCUGCCCUCAGCCCAUCACAAUUUGCGAGGUACCUCUCUCCUGCUCAGCUAGAAAAUCAAUCAACCUCAAAUCAAGAACUCUCGGUACCGAUAGACCCGCGCAGACUGUGUCCGCCUGGUCACACUGCGCCUUUCACCAGACACGCUGGGCUAUCCUUGGUUCCAGAAGACGAAGAAACCAUAUGCAUCAAGCUUUUAGCGCACCUGAAACGGCAUUCUUCCGACGCCUCUCAGUCUCGAGAGAUGCAACUCGAGCUCUUGAAGAAGUCCAAUGCCGCCGUGAGAAGAUUACUGCAAAGUAAGACCAUCCGCACCGCCUAUACCUGCCACCUACUACUUUCAAACAUCCUCAACAACCUCGUGCAUCUGUGUGAACGCUUGUGCCAGAACACAAAUGAAGAUUCGAGGCAUCUCAGCGUGGAAUCACAGUUCAUCCAAGACCAAAUGAAUUUCGACGCGGUACCUGGAUUCUUUGAGAAUGGAACAGCCGCCGCUCCACAACCUAUCCAGGCCCCUGACGCAGAGACACUGAAGAGUUUGAGUCGAGAAGUCAUGUCUUUUACCUCCAUGGUUGGUGACAUGUUGAAACGGAAGCCUCUCGACGGGUUCCAGUGUCUCGGUAGGCACGAGACGUUCCAUGUAGACCUGGAACUACGGCUCUCUAAGGCCAUGGAUCUUCUGCAGUCACCAUGA